UUGACCUCCAGUACCAAACACAUACAUACACAAAAAAUAAUAGCAUAAAUAAAGUGAAAAGUAAGAUAAUAAAAACUAAAAAUCAUCUUCAAGCUAUCUAAACUGAGGAUCUUAAGAAAAAGUUGAAGAUCAUCUCUGAGGAAACAGUAACUAGUGAGGCUUCUAAGUUUCAAUCUAAUGCUAUUUGGUGAGGUUACUUGUGGCUUGGCUCUCAGAAUGUGCUCUCAGUACUGGAGAUGCUGCUUUCAAUGCAAUAAUAUUUUAGUUUCAGUUGUAUCUGUCCGCUUUCCUCCCUCUAGCUUCGACAGACCAUGGCUAAGUUCCUUCAGGAGCAUCUGGCUCCCAAGGCCCAGGAAAUUGAUCAUAGCAACGAGUUCAAGAACCUGCGAGAGUUUUGGAAACAGCUGGGGAGCCUGGGAGUAUUGGGCAUCACAGUCCCUGUUCAGUAUGGUGGCUCUGGCUUGGGCUACCUGGAACAUGUGCUGGUGAUGGAGGAGAUAUCCCGAGCUUCUGGAGCAGUGGGUCUCAGCUAUGGUGCCCACUCCAACCUGUGCAUCAACCAGAUUGUGCGCAAUGGGAAUGAGACCCAGAAGGAGAAAUACCUCCCCAAACUGAUCAGCGGUGAGUACAUUGGAGCCCUGGCCAUGAGUGAGCCCAAUGCUGGCUCUGAUGUUGUCUCCAUGAAGCUAAAGGCAGAAAAGAAAGGAGAUUACUACAUCCUGAAUGGCAACAAGUUCUGGAUCACCAAUGGCCCCGAUGCUGAUGUUCUCAUUGUCUACGCCAAGACAGAUCUAACUGCUGUGCCAGCCUCUCGGGGCAUCACAGCCUUCAUUGUGGAGAAGGGUAUGCCUGGCUUUAGCACCUCCAAGAAAUUGGACAAGCUGGGCAUGAGGGGUUCUAACACCUGUGAGCUCAUCUUUGAAGACUGUAAGGUUCCUGCAUUUAUCCUGGCAGCUGCCAACAUCCUGGGUCAUGAGAGCAAGGGUGUCUACGUCCUGAUGAGUGGGCUGGACCUGGAGCGCCUGGUGCUAGCCGGCGGGCCCCUGGGGCUCAUGCAGGCAGUCCUUGAUCACACUAUUCCCUACCUGCACGUAAGGGAAGCCUUUGGCCAGAAAAUUGGCCACUUCCAGUUGAUGCAGGGGAAGAUGGCAGACAUGUAUACCCGCCUCAUGGCAUGUCGGCAGUAUGUCUACAACGUUGCCAAGGCCUGUGAUGAGGGCCAUUGCACUGCCAAGGACUGUGCUGGUGUGAUUCUUUACGCAGCUGAGUGCGCCACACAGGUAGCCCUGGAUGGCAUUCAGUGUUUCGGUGGCAAUGGCUAUAUAAAUGACUUUCCCAUGGGCCGCUUUCUUCGAGAUGCUAAGCUGUAUGAGAUCGGGGCUGGGACCAGUGAGGUGAGACGGUUGGUCAUUGGCAGAGCCUUCAACGCAGAUUUCCACUAGCCCCAAGAUCCACCACCCCUUUCUCCCAGCACCUAGAGGCCUUUCUUUGGAAGCAGAGACAUGGUAGCCUCCUGGCUGCCCGAAGCAGGCCCUGCUGCUCCACUUCCCUUCUGGCUACAGCCCUCAAGCCUCUGCUGGAUGGGAAGUCUUCUACACUGGCUGCCAAGCACUGUGGGCUAACCAGCCAGGAAAAGCCUAACAUGGAAUCAGCAGGAAGCAUAUUAUCUUUUCUGAGAGCUUUAGGAGGGCUUUGACUCUGUGCCCUUGCUCUCUGCUCUUCAACUUCAAAGCCUAAUGCUCCCACCUCCUGAAGUGGCCUGGAGAUAUGUAGGUACCCACCCCUUCUUUUAGGUGAGCUUGUGGCAGGGAGCCCUCUCUGUUCAAGUACAGCAGAAUCAUUGCCCCCUUCAUUUACUCAAACUUGUUGGUCUCUUUUCUGGGGAAAAAGAAAAGCCAAAAAUCCAUCCUUGUUUGCUGGCUUCUUGAAUCAUCAGCUCCCAAUCAUUUGGGAACACCUGUGCUACAGAGUCUGCCUGGGGAACAAAAGAGAAUUGUGGAGAAUUAGCUCUUGCUGGCCCCUUUGGCAGCAUCUCUGAGCUGUUCUGUGCUGCUCUGUCACAGAGACCAGUGAGAUCUGGUAAAGUAACCUUCCUCAUCUACUGGGCAGCAGGUGCAGGACUUGCCUAUCCAAGCAGGCCUGGGUUGCCUGGCUCAACUCCAGCAGGGAUUGCCUGUAUACAUUUCUUGAGACACCCUAUGGCUAAUUUGGUUACAACUGCACAGUGGCUGCUGCCAUUUUGUAUUAAACAUAUUGUGAAACAAACCCAUCUGCUCCUAAAUGGUGUUUUGGAGGAAAAACAAUCUACUGCUCCUGACUUCUUUCUGGAUACAGCACAUGUCCUUGGAGAAUGGAUGACCCAAGUCCUAUUCCUUCCCUCCAACCUGCUCCCAGUGAUUUGGUUUUGUGUGUGUGCACGUGUAUGUUUGUUUUGUUUGUGAUGCUAGGGAUUGAACCCAUGCAAGGCAAGUGCUCUACCACUAAGCUACUACCCCAACACUUCAGUGACUUUUUUUUUUUUUAAAGAAAGGAGGGACCCCAGAGUAGUAGGAUCUUGGAACUGUACCUUAUAAAUUUCCGAAAAUCAUCCUUGAGGUAUUUUGUAUUGGGGUUUGUUUGUUUGUUUUGUUUUUAAGAUCAAGAUAAUUUAACUUUUUCAAGGUCAGAACUAGAGCUAAGAUCCAGAUUGCCAGCAGCAACAAUGGGAGUGUUCUGAGAAUUCCAGCCUGGGGCCCUACUACACUACUCAGCAUCCUGGAUGGAACCUGGUCUGAGAGGAAUAGGUCUAUGUUAUUCUACCCCCUCUAAGUUCCCAAAAGAGGAACUGAUUUUCUUGGCCCCCAGCCUGGCAGCACCUGUCCCUGGUAUUUGGUUCUAACCUCCAGAAAAGUGCUGCUUCCAGCCUGGGGCUUGAGAGUGGGUCUAGCAACCCCAGUCUAAUCUUAUCUUGAGGGGAAAAUCCAGGGCUUGUGGCUGUCCCUUAACUUCUGUGUCCUGUAUUGAUGAAUUUAGCUAAAAUGGUUAAUGGUCAUAUAAAAACAGGUAGCUAUAAUAACAAGCCUGAAGACAAUCAAAAUAGCAGAAUGUCAUGUGUAUUCCAGUCAGUGUUGGGUAGAGCCCUGCCAAAUUGAGUGAGUCCCCCAAAUUAGAACCUUAAUCCCAAAGACACAUGUCAAUUGUAUCUAGAGGUGGGACCCUCAUUGGCAUUAGAGGCCUUAUAAGAGGGAGCCCCAUACUAGCAUACUUGAUGUGUCAUGUGAGAACCUCCACCAUGUUUCAAUGCAGCAAGAAGGCCCUCACCAGAUGUCAGUGCCAUGCUCUUGGACUUCUGGCCUCCAGAACAGUGAGCUAGAUAAAGCUCUCUAAAUUACCCCAUCAGUGGCAUUCAGUUAUAGCAUCAGAAAACCAAGACAGAAAGAAUGCAAUUGUUCUCCUGAUCCUUUAUGCGAAAUGAGGAAUGUUUAAAAAAAAAAAAAAAAGCAUA